GCAAAUUAAAGAAUUAUUACUGAAAAGAUUAUGAAAUUUCUAUACGUUGUGAAUAUCAUUUUACUGUUAUCGAACGUAAAAGCAGAUAAUGAGGUCGAAUCGGGCGAAAAUGACACUCCUGAAGGCUACUACGCAUUCAUUCAGUCUCCCUCAUCAUUCCCUCCUACAGUAAAGCCCCCACCGUAUCAGUCAAUCAACCGAGACUGCAUAGACUUUAAGAACACUAAACCAAUUGUAUCGCCUAAUAAUUUAUGUGGAGAUCUAAACAAAGGAAAAAUUCCCAGAAAUCCAAUGGGGCAAAAUGUUAUGCAGGAAGCAUAUCCAUUCGAGUUAAUAAGAAACCAGACGUUAAAAUUUCUCUCUAAAACACUGCCAAUAUUAAAGGCUGAUGACACACUACCGAAAGUGACACAGAUAGUCGAAAAGAAUUAUAAUGACCUAAGCGAUGAUAAUUUAAGUAAGAGAACAUUUGAAGAUGAUGACGAAGAAGGCAUUCACGAUUUAGUUGACGGAGAAAUUCAUCAUGAUGAGACAGAACCUGAGAAAUUUGAGAAUGUGGAAGAAGAAUCGAGAAGAUCAAGACAUAAGCGUGAGAUACCAAAUAAUCGAGGACAAAGACAGAGAAAAUUCUGUGAUGGAGGUGGUGUUUUUUGUGCUUUAUAUCGAGCUAUACAAGGUGAACCUAUUAACAGUCAAUUAAUUGCUGAGAGACGUGAGGAAACUGUUAAUCCAAAUCUUCCUAGAUAUGAAGGCCCACCGACACCUUGUCCUGCAAAAAUUGAAUAUGUGACGCCAGUGUUUGCAAAGAAUUUCCAAGGAAGUUGGCGAUAUGUUGUGCAGAUUCCAUAUGAAGGAUAUUUCACUCAAACUGUCGAAGUGACGCGUUGUUUGCAGACGAAAUGUCAUUAUUUAGAUGGUGGAUGUCUAUCUUCACCAAGAUGGGUUUCAAUGCUUGUUGCAGAAAUAUUCUAUCCAAACUCAGAGAGCAAUGAAUAUCAAGCUAGUACAGCACCGCCACUUCAAGACUUCCAAAAUUAUCAAGAAUACCUACAGAAACGAGCUGGAACAGCCCCAAAUGACACAUAUUUUGAUCAUAGAAACAAUGCUCAAAAGCGAAAACAGCAACAAAUUUGCGAUGGAACUGACGAGAUCGGAUGCUUCCAGAUCAGGCUCUACUAUGAUUGGUUCUUAAUUUCCGGAAGUUGUAAGUGCUGGAGACCUGAUUACUUCGCAAAGUACGUUAAGAAACGUCCAGUAACACCUGAACUGUAAAUUAAGUUGAGUGAUUUUGAAAGAAUUUUUUUUGACAUUUUUUACUUGCUCACCUGGAAAUUACAGUUUCUAAUUUAUAACAAGCAAAAGUUGUCAAUGAAAUUGCGUCAAUUUUUACUCAGAAUCAUUCAAUAACUCAACACAAACAAAUUUAUUUAAAGAACUAU